AUGGCUGCCACACCCGCCGAAACGAUGCAGGCUCUCCGCGAAUACAACGUCGUCCCCGAAGUCUUCUCCGACGCCGACCUUGCCCACUUCAAGGGCUUCCUCAAGGUCCACUACCCCGAGCACACUAUCGCUCAGGGAGAGGCGAUUCCUCGCGCUGGGACGCUCUCGCAGCCGGACCUCGAGUUCCCUGAUGCCGACACCGAUGCCAGCUACACGAUCAUCAUGACCGACCCUGACCUUACGCACGGAAACGACAAGAUCGCCGGUCAAGUUCGUCACUGGCUACGAACCGGCGUCAAGUUUGACCCAACGAGCAAGCGCUCGACCCUUUCCGCUACGCCUGUCGCUCAGAAUGACUACGUCCCGCCUUCGCCUUUGCACGGCACAGGCAAGCACCGCUAUGUCUUCAUUGCCGCGAAGGAGCCUCCCUCCUACGCCGGCCCGCAGAACAAGAACUACCCCUUGAACGGACCGGCCGACUUGAAGGACCGAAUGCGCUGGAACGCGUCCGAGUACAUCCAAGAGGAAGGGUUGACAGUUGAGGCGGUCGGCUUCAUGCGCGUCGACGCCGACCUCGCGGCGUCGAAAGACAACAUUCUUUUGACAGCUGAGGCCAUCAAGAAUGCGGUUGUUGGGAAGUAG